UAGGAAAGGAAUGAAAUUGGAAAGGAAUGACAUUGGUAUGGUACAAAAAUGAGUUAAUUUUAGUGAGAUAAAUCCAUCUUACUGAGUAUAGUAGGAUAUUUCUAAUUUUAUCUUAAUCUUAGAGGUACAAGGCCCAUUAGGGAUCAGGGCACCAGUGUACUACUAAACUUUUUAACUGGGCUGGCCUGGUCCAGGUCCAGGUCCAGUGUGGGUCAGCCGACCCGACUUCUCCAAAGCCCGAGAACCCGCUUCUUCCUCCUCAAAUUCCCGCUUCAGUUUUCCCCCAAAACCAAAACCAAAACCAAAAUCAAAACCAAAUUGCCCUAGAAUUGAAUCGCAGAUCAACGAAGAUGUUCGGUGUCGUCUUCCCCAACCGCAGUUUCCCCCUCGACAUCUCCACCUUCGCACAAAUCGACGCCACUCACUGGCUCCUCGAUAUGAACCACUUCGUCGGCGAAUCCUACGAUUCCAUCCGCGAAGUCUGCAUCUUCCUGCUCAACAACUUCACCCUGCCGCCUGACAAGGCCCUCGCCGUCUAUAUCCAGUCUCCGGGCAGCCCCUUCCUCUUCUGCGGUGCCGUCACGCUCUCCCGCCCCUCCGCCGUGCUCUCCCUCCCCUGGCCUGACCCCGGCAACGCCGGCGUCCUCCAGCUGACCGCCGACUCCACGCCCCUCUCUGCCAAAAUUGGGGUUUCCGUGGAGGACCUACCUACGCUUCCGUCGCUAGACGUUGCCGCCGAGAGGAAAAUAGAGCGGCUGGCUCUCAAGGUCGGCGAGAAUCUAUUCAAUUUUAUGCAGUCGUUUUGUGCCGUUGAUGGCUCGAAGCUGAUUGUGCCCACCGACAUCUUGGACCGCUGGUUUAAGAAGUUUCAGGAACGCGCCAAGCGUGAUCCAGAAUAUUUGAAAGGCUUUGCCUUGUAGAGUUUUAGCUGCAGUCGUGCUUGCAGGCAGCCAUCUUGAAGCUUGGCUCGCGGGGGACUGUCAAAGGCCUGGUUGAUCUGUUUGAUCGGUCGAUGAAACCUUGUUAGUUCUUUGCUAAUGAUAGUAUUGAUUCUGCAGUUUAUAGAUAUG